GCGCGGGGUCCAGGCGCCGCACAACCGCCGCGAGGCCGUGGUUACGGUCUCCCGAGCCCAGCUGCUCCCUGUGGGGAGGAGGCACCAGCGGGGUCUUACUUUAGGGGCCCUUCCAUGGCUUCCCAGGAAAGGGUGGAGGCAGUGACCAAAGGAACAGGGUUCUGGCGCUGCUCCAAGCCAGCCACUUACACCCCCGGGACCUGCCAGCUGCUCAGAGUGAUGAUGAAGGAAUCCAAACUGACAAACUUCCAACAGCGACACAUCAUGGACACCAUGAAAAGAGGAGACACUCUGCCCCUCCAGUGCAGCCCAACAUCCAGCCAGAGGGUCUUGCCUCCCAAACAGCCGGCCUCGGCCAUCUACCUGCCUCCCAUCCUGGUGGCCCGGCCCCACCUCCGGCCUGCCAGUGUGUGCCAAGCCGGCGGGGCCUAUAGCCGGGAACCAUUCAAGCCUCAAGCCACCCGAGAUCUGGAGAAAGAGAAGCGAAGACUCCAAAACAUUUUUGCCACUGGGAAGGACUCCGAGGAACGGAAAAGGAAGCCCCCUCCGGUGCGACAGGAGGACCCAGCCCCUGAGCUGGACCGGUUUGAAGAAUUGGUAAAGGAAAUCCAGGACAGGAAAGAAUUCCUGGCUGACAUGGAGGCGCUGGGACAGGGAAGACAGUACCGAGGGAUCAUCCUUGCGGAGAUCUCCCAGAAACUGCGGGAAAUGGAAGACAUUGACCACAAGAGGAGUGAGGAACUUAGGAAGGCUCUUGCCAACCCUUGAUCUGCCUCCAGAGACAGGAGCAGAGUAGCCCAACCUGGACCACUGGAGCCCCACCCCAUCGCCAAGCAGGCUCCCCCGUGCCCCCCCCCCCCCAUCAGCUCACCUACCCUGGCCUUCAGCCACGUCAAAUGGCCACACGGCACUGCCCUGGCCCGGGGAACCCUGGGCACACGCAGCACCCUAGAAAAUGGCCCAAUCUCCGAGAAUGAGCUGAUUCUCCUCAAGGCUCUGCGCAGGGAGCCUGGGUCGGCUGAGCCACUGAGACCGACAGUCACAGUCACAGACAUGCCCAGCACACACCACACACAUAAGCACACAUGACUUGGAGUCUUUUCUCAGGGAAAGAGCCCACAUACAGUGAAGGCGAGGCCCAAUCGCACCCUCUUGGCCACGUGUCAGAGGGCAUCCCACGGGCCCCUUCCUCCCCACCCAGCACCCCCUGUGUGCCCUACGCAUUUGCUUUUCAGAACCCAGGAAUGAAUGGGAGUCCUUUCGACCUGUCUUAGGACCUAUUUAUUUGACUUCUUACAGCCUCGGGCAAAUGUUUAACGACUACCAUUAACUGGCCAGUAAGACACCUCUACCCUAGGUCAUCACACACACUGUUUUGUUUUCAGAGGGAAGGCUUAUGUGUUCAAGGAGUUAGGACUUCUCAA